AUGCCAAAAGUUCAGCUGCACAAAUGCAGAUUUAUGGACUACACCAGGCCGUAUGUGUCUGCGAUGGCAUUUAAUCUGCCGUCGCCCGGUCCUAAAACACCGGCUCAUCCAGAUCUCAGGCUGGCUGUCGGCCGCUCUAAUGGCGAUAUCGAGCUUUGGCGCCCCGGUCCAAAUUGGUCGCUCGACACUACAUUUCUAGGAGCAAAAGACCGAUCCAUCGAGGAUUUGGCAUGGUCUGUGGGUGACGAGAUGAGACUGUUUAGUGUUGCUGCCUCAGAGUACAUCACAGAGUGGGAUUUAGCCACAGGACAGCCGCUGGAACAUCAUAGCUCGAAUGCCGGCGUAAUCUGGGCCAUUGAAACGUCCCCCGACGGGAAAAAACUCGCAGUAGCCUGUGAGACAGGCGUAGUUGUUAUUUUCGAUGUGUCAGGAGGAAGAGGGAACCUCCAGUUCCUGAGAAGACUGCAGAGUGCAGAUACUUCACUUGCUUCCCUGGCGUGGAAGUCAGAUAACCAGGUGGUUGCUGGUGGUUCCGAUGCUCGUUUGCGUGUUUGGGAUAUUUCAACGGGCCGUAUUAUUGCGACGAUGAAGGUCGACAAGUCAAAAUCCAUGGAUGGAACGGUUGUCUGGGCAGUAAAGACUUUGAGAAAAGGUGAACAGAUUGUAAGCGGAGACUCUAAUGGCUAUAUCAAGAUCUGGGACAGCAAGACACUCUCAUUACAACAGAGUUUCCAAGCACACCCCACUGACAUCCUUAGUCUGGCCUGCGAUUCUGCCGGUGAAACACUGUUUUCUUCCGGCUUGGACCAGAAAAUUGUCUGUGCCAAAAUGACCGACCCCAAACGCAAACGCUGGACUAUAAUGUCUAGUCGUGUUGCACAUUCCCAUGAUAUCCGCAGCAUGACAAUUUUUGAAGCACGCGGUGCUUCGUAUCUGGUUAGCGGUGGCCUCGAGUCCACCAUUGUUGUCAACUCCGUCACCCAGUUCGACGACAAGCCUUUCCGCAAAAUCCCAUUGACAAGAUACUCACCCACUGUUGAAAUUAAUAGCAGCCAGCACAUUCUAGAGUGGUGCGAACAGGUUGUCAAUAUCUGGGGAUUGUACGACGGUAAAAAGCGAUUGUUGGCUACUUUUAAUCUGACCGGCGAGGACGAAUUGAUCUCUUCAGCAUCUCUAGAAGGCAAUAUUCUGGUCGUUGCAACAAUGAGUACUAUCAAAUUCUUCUAUUUGGAAGGUCUGGAAGAUGAAGAGCAGGUCAAAUCGAUCAGUCGCUUGAAUACUACUGCAGUGAGUGGAGGUGCUCGGAUAAUCAAGUUUGUGGGCCCAGAGAGUGUGCUGAUCAUUACACCCGACAAUGAAAUGGAUAUUUAUCGCAUCAAAAAAGACAUUAUUACCGAAGUCGAGCAGCCUUCAAAACCCCGGGUUGCUGGCUCAAGCAAAAUCCCUUAUAUUGACGGCGUUGCGUUGCUUGCCGUUUCCCCUGAUCGAAAACAUUUCGCAGUUGCAAAGCAUAGUGGGUACAUUGAGGUGUACAACACCGCUAAAGCUGCACAUGUCGCAUCGCUUCCGUCGCUUGGCUCGGCUCUUACUGCAAUGGCUUUCCGAGACAACCGAUCUCUUGUUGCAGUUACAGAUGAGACUACCGUGUACGAGUUUGAUGUCAAGUCUGCUUCACUAACUUCCUGGUCAAAAGAGCACUCGUCUCGCUUACCGACUCGGUUGUCGAAACAGACAACAGCCUGCUGCGGCGUAUUCCCUGAAUCAGAUAAGAGCAGCAGACUAUGGUUGUGGGGACCCAACUGGCUGGCCUAUUUGGAUUUUGCAACCAAAACUCCUUAUCGUCAUGCCAACAAGCGCAAACAGCAUGCUCCUGGGGGUGAUGAUCUUGAAGACGAAGACGGCCCAGAAGAUCAAGACAGCCCUACGUUCUGGAUGACGCACAAGUUCCGCCCUAUCUUUUACGCAGGUGCAUUCGAUAAUGGCCUGCUGGUUUCAGAGCGUCCUGCUAUGAAAGAGUCCGAAGCCAAACCGUUCUGGUCCAACCGUCAUAUUGUGCUGUAA